CCUCAACAGCAGCAGCCCAUAGUCGUAAACCAGCAUUACUACCUCCACCCACCACCCUCACACCUCGCCCUCCCCGCACCGCCAGGGACAACCGGAACUACGACAGCACACCCCCUCGGCCUGGACAAGUUCACCGGCUCCGUGGUGACAAUCGCCAAAGACUUCACGUCCCCCACCUUUCUCGAGGAGCCAAACUUCCACCCGCACGCCACGCAGCUCAUCAACUCUACCGCCGCGUGCGUCGACCAGAUUGCGGGGUGUUUCAACGAUGUCAUGACGCUGAUUGAUCGGGACCGGAUGGUGGGCAACGAGAAGGCUUUGUUCACGUACCAGAAUGGUGGUGGUGGUGCAAGCGGUGCGGUGCAGACCACUUCUUCUCCGCCGGGUGAUGGGAGGAGGAGCGGCGGCGGCGGCGGCGGCGGCGGGAAAAGCGACAAGAGCGGGCAGAGGAAGAAGAGUAAAGAGACUUCUUCUUCCGGGUCAAAGGGCCAGUCUGCGGCUGUUGCGACGUGUAUGGUGUCGGGGGGUUACUUUGCCAAAGUCGAGUUAUACGCCAACUCAAAGUUGCCAAUGAACCUCCCACCCUUGAGACUAUACAUGCCCACAUGGCCCCUCCUCUGCAUGGCCGCCCAAUACGCAGAACGCGUCUACGACCACCCCAAAGGCGCCGAGCGCGACGCCCACGUCUCGGCAGACUGGAAAACAGGCACCAAAGCAAUGGUCAUCAAGUCCGUCCCCAUGGACCACAUGAACACCAUUGUCUUUGCCAUCCGCGGCUCCGCGACCUUUAUGGACUGGGCCGUCAACCUCAACACGGCGCCCGCAUCCCCCGAGGGCUUCCUCGACGACGCGGGGAACUCGUGCCACGCCGGCUUUUUGGCGGUCGCGCGCAAGAUGGUGAAGCCUGUCGCUGCGCGGCUUCGGCAGCUGCUGGAGGAGGACCCGGGCAGGGCGGCGUAUAGUUUGUUGAUUACGGGGCAUUCUGCCGGUGGUGCGGUGGCGAGCUUGUUGUAUGCGCAUAUGCUUGCUACCUCGCCGCGGGCCGGGAGCGAGUUGAAUGCGUUGACGGGGUGUUUCAAGAGGGUUCACUGCGUUACCUUUGGGACGCCGCCUGUGAGUUUGUUGCCGUUGAAGAGGCCUGAGAGGGCGGAGUUGAGAAAGAGUUUGUUCUUGACGUUUGUGAAUGAGGGUGAUCCGAUUGCGAGGGCGGAUAAGGCGUAUGUGAAGAGUUUGUUGGAGUUGUAUGCCAGUCCGGCGCCGUCGACGGCGGCUGGUUCUGGGGGUUGUGAGUCUGGGGGCGAAGGGAGGGGUGAGAGGAAGGCGAGGUUGGCUGCUAAGGCGAGUAAGAUGUCGUUGAGGAAUAAGGAGAGUAAGAUGUCGCUGGUUCAGCAUGCGCCUGGUAGGGAGUCGGAUAGGGAGAAGGAGAGGAGGAAGAGAGAAGGGAGCAGCAAGCCGGUGUGGCAUCUUCCGCCCGGGACGCUGAGUUCGCCGGGCCGGAUCGUGGUCUUGCGGAGCGGGGACCCGAGGGCGAGGCCGCGGGACCGGAAGACGGUGGCGGAGAGGCUUGAUGAGGGCGUCAUUGCGCAAACUGUGACGGACGAGGAGCUGAGGGGGGUGAUUUGGGGGGAUCCGGUGUGUCAUGUGAUGAAGUUGUAUUCGGGGCGGAUUGAGACGUUGGCUGUUGGGGCUGUCACAGGGAGGCAGAAGUAGGUGAGUGGAGGCUUGAUGCCCGUGAGAAACGAGGCUGAUCAUGGGAGAUGGAGGAUGAGAGUAGAGGGAUAGGUCUGAUGAGGCGUUUGGGUUUGGUGAUACCAUUGCUUUUUUACAGUUUGGAUACCUCUUAUGAGUUACGAGAUACGAAUACAUUUUACUACGAUAUC